AUGAGUAUAAUAUACAGAAAAUUAAUUCUACUCAUUGCUUAUUAGUUUGUGAUUAAAGUUAUUGGAAAUAGAAAUGACCUAUUUUAGUGAAAUUUGUAGAAUUUGUUUAUGCGAUAAUGUACGCAUGUAUGUACUAAAGAAGACUGGUCUCGAAAAUUUGUACAAAACAUUGACGAAUGGUUUUGUGGAUGUGGAUGAGGAGGUCAUAAUUGUCUGUUUCAUCUGUCAUGCAAGACUCAUUCGUUGCAGAACAUUACAACAACAGGCUAUUGAGUCAAAUGCAGUUCUGGAGCAGUUGCUUGCAGGAGGGUCUAUGUCAAUACCAAAUCAUCAUGAGGCUAGAGAUAAGAUUCAGUUCACACCAAUUAGUCAUAUAGAUAUCAGGCCAGUAGAGUGUGAUCUAGAUAAUGAUUGUCAGAACGAAAUGUUCAGCCUUGAAUCUGUUAAAGUUGAAGAAGAGAAUUUAGAAAAUGAGAAUUCCAAAUUUGAAGAAAAUGGGAAUCAUGAAAUAGAGAGUGCUGAAAAACAAGAAGAUUUGGGGAUUGAUGCUUUUGAAGAUAGACAUACGGAUUUGGAUGACGACUUGCCGCUAAUUGCAUUUGGUUCAAAGAGUAAAAAAGAUGACGAUGACAUAGAAACUUCUGAGAAGAAGAUUAAAUCAAAUUCUACUGAUUGUAACAUAAACGAUGUUCGUGAAGAAAACCUCGAUUUUGAAGGCCCUACUAUUAAAUCAAACCCUAAAAUGAAAAAAGAUAAUCAAGCAAUUAAUAAAAAAGGAAAGCAUCCUGCAAAGAUUAUGAAAACGAAAAUUUUGAAACAAAAGAGUGUAAAUAUACUUAAGAAAAAAACAUCUGGGACAUCAACUAAAUACAUUUUUGAAUGUAAUGAUUGUAGUAAAAAAUUUUCAACAAAAGACAUUCUCGCCAAACACAUUUCAUACAGUCAUAAGACGCAAAACAACUCAGACACCACUGCAGUUCGGACACAAAUAGAACUAACUCCAGUGCCACAGCUAACAGAAAUAUUUAAUUGUGAUAUUUGCGAAUUUAAAACAUCUCAAAAACGUUACAUUUUGGCACAUCUUAAAGCGCACGUCGCUAAACAAAUGUACUGUUGUAAUAAUUGUGAAUAUAAAUGUAUUACAAAAAGAGAUAUGGAAAGACAUAUGAAAAUACACACCGGUGAAAAACCUUUUUCGUGUAAUAUCUGUGAAUAUAGAUGUAUUAGAAAAGGUCAUUUGCAAAGACAUUUAAAAACACACACCGGUGAAAAACCUUUUUCGUGUAAUAUCUGUGAAUAUAGAAGUAUUAGAAAAAUUGACUUGCAAACACAUAUGAAAAUACAUACUGGAGAAAAACCUUUUUCGUGUAAUAUCUGUGAAUAUAGAUGUAUUUUAAAAAGUACUUUGCGAGCACAUAUGAAAAUACACACCGGUGAAAGACCUUUUUCGUGUAAUAUAUGUGAAUAUAGAUGUAUUACAAAGAGUCGUUUGCAAAUACAUAUUAUGCAAAUACACACCGGUGAAAAACCUGUUUCGUGUAAUAUCUGUGAAUAUAGAUGUAUUACAAAGAGUCGUUUGCAAAUACAUAUGAAAAUACACACUGGUGAAAGACCUUUUUCGUGUAAUAUCUGUGAAUAUAGCUGUAUUACAAAGAGUCGUUUGCAAAUACAUAUGAAAACACACACCGGUGAAAGACCUUUUUCGUGUAAUAUCUGUGAAUAUAGAUGUAUUAGAAAAUGUGGUUUACAAACACAUAUGAAAAUACACACCGGUGAAAAACCUUUUUCGUGUAAUGUAUGUGAAUAUAGAUCUAUUAGAAAAGGUGAUUUACAAACCCAUAUGAAAACACACACCGGUGAAAAACCUUUUUCGUGUAAUAUCUGUGAACAUAGAUUUAUUAGAAAAGGUGAUUUACAAAGCCAUAUGAAAAUACACACCGGUGAAAAACCUUUUUCGUGUAAUAUCUGUGAAUAUAGAUGUAUUACCAAAAGUAGUUUGCAAAAACAUAUAAAAAUACAUACCGGUGAAAAACCUUUUUCGUGUAAUAUCUGUAAACAUAGAUUUAUUAGAAAAUAUGAUUUGCAAAGACAUUUAAAAACACACACUGGCGCAAAAUCUUUUUCGUGAGCUAUCUGGUGAAAUAUGUACAAUAUUGUGUAAACGUGUUUUAUAUAAAUAUGUGUGUACCAGAUAAAAAUCUAUUUUUUGUAAAUUUGUGAUGUAAUUGUAUAAUGAAUAGAAAAACCUUUCCGUGCCUUAUGUGCAAAUUGAAGCUGCAUUUGUUCUGAAGAUGUUAAUUCAAUACCUAAUUUAAAAUUUUGUGCAACCGAAUUCAAUAUAGAUUAUUAAGAAUAAUUCAAAAACUAUUGGUCAGACCUUGAUCAAAUUUAUAUGGGAUCACGUGUGAAGCACCAGCUUUUAAAUAAAAAAGGAUUUAUCGAAUUCGGUUCAUGCAGAAAAAGUUAAGAGGUAAUACAGUCGAAUUGAGUACCUCCUACUUUUUGAAGUCGGUAGAAAGCAAAAAAUAUUGGAACCUUAAAAUAAAUACCGUAUGUGUCAGUGGAGGUUAGUGGAAACAGACUAGACCUUCAUGUUUUUUUUUUUAAUUUAAAUGAUAGUUUACGUUUUUCUUUUUUCGUCUCGACGUUUAUCGUUACCGAUACAGCCUUUAAAACUACUCUGUUGAACAUAGGCUUCCCCCCUGGCUUGCGUCAUAUUUGCCUUAGUUGCCAUGCAGGUGGGUUGGCAACCGCGGUUUUUUAUUAUUUUCACUUGUAAUCAGGGAGACGCGGCUGCCCAUCUUAUAGCUUGAUUCCCUCUGUCGCCUCUUGCGACACCCACGGCACGAUAUGGGGUAGUGGAUUGUCUUACACCAUCACCACACAGCAUCAUAACUAUGUCACGUUAUGAUGCUGUGUGGUGGUGUCUGUCUGUACGUGGUAGAGCCACAUUGCAGCUAUAUUAUGGUUCUAUCACGAAUGGAUCGGCUCGACCGGGGUAGGACCACGCUCUUAAAGAAUACCAGCAUAAAAUAGCAGCUUCGUUUGUUGAGUGUAGAGAACUGGAGACCCUUUUAACUGGUAACGAGUCAUUCCUUCUAAGUCCUCAUGGGUGACAACGCAUCUGCAUUUCAUUUCUUUAUUGAGGAUAAGUGUGCACGACGCAAACAUAGCAAUACCUCGAACGAAAUGACUUACGAUUGCUUGUGGUAACCAUCGCUAGUUGAACAACCUGGGGACGGUGGGCGGAGCCAGGAGAAUGUUAUGAUCGUCGGGGUGCGCUCACGGUUCCACAACUAGCGGUGGUUGCCCACAGCAACGCGGGAAAAGCCGUAGCAAUAAUAUUAAGAAAUAUAGCAUUUAUUGUUAAACAAAUGAUAUUGUGUGUUAUAUCAAGCUCCCACUAGUAAUUUGCAAUAAGCGAUGACCUCGAUACAGCACCUGCUGACACCGCUCACGCGUGCCGCCACCGGACGCAACGGAUCACCGCCGCUGACACAGCACCCCGAUUGACGUCAAUGCGCGUUUACCGCGAUGCAACAUUUUUAUUUUAUAAAAUUAAUUUAAGUAUUCUGUAUCUAGCAUCGAUCAGGCAUAGACUUAAGUUUAAUUGUAAAAUUAGUUUUCAUUAAAUUUACUU